AUGGCAUGCAUGGCCCUACAAACCUCAUUGCCAUCCAUUUGUAUAUAUCAAGAUUGCCCAUUAUGUUUCUCCACCAGCAGAGGAAAAGCAGUGUUAGAGCUAUCUGGAACAGUUCAAGACCAUCCAGCUUGCAUACUUGCUGACACUGGCACUGGUUUGUCUAUAGUCUCAGAUUCAUUUAUCAGUAAGUACCAAAUACCCACAAAACCCACAAAAACAAGAUUGAUACAUGGUGUUACCAGACACCAGCUCACCAUCAACAGUUCAGCAACAAUACAAGUUGCUAUUGGCAAGCACAAACUAGGAGUAGUGGAUGCCUCAGUGGCCAACACAGCUGACUAUGACCUCAUUUUGGGUUACACCAAGUUGAGAAGGCUCAAACCAACCAUCUGUUGGGACACAGGCCAACUGGAGUUCAAGGCUCAAGAACAGGAGGACAAUAAGAAUGACAUGGACAAGACCCAGAAGCAGUUACCAGAAGCAGCUGUAACUGGGGGUUGUCAGGGGUCUCACGCCUGA